AUGGGGAAAAAAUUCUACAAUUCGGAGAGUCUAUUUCAAUUCGAGAAUCCAUUCACAAACAUAAAUGUUACAUCUGAAAACAAGCAAUUAUCCUUCUCGGAGCGAAAUUCCACCGUGAAACCUAUCCAAAUCCUCUAUUACACUCAGCUUUUUAUGAAUCGAGCACAGCCGACAUGGGUGUCGAAUGAAAGAUGUACAAAUGUGGAACCACAAAGCUGUCUCAUUCACAGUAAUCGCGAAUUCUUCAACGAGAGUGAUGCGGUCGUUUUCGAGCCACGUUUCGCGAAUAUGAGAUUAUCAACAAUCCCCCGGCGAGAGGAUCAAAUUUUCAUCUUUUCCGUAAACGAAUCCCCUCAGCGUUUUCGAAGGCCAGACAAAAGUGGUCGUUUCUUCGAAGCAAUUGGAAUCAACGAGAGUUUUCUGGAACGUCCUCGAACGCAUUUCAUCAGUGCAAUGAUCGGGAAUUGUCAGAGUACGCCAAGUGGACGGACGAAGCUCGUCAAAGCAUUUGAAAGGCAAAACUAUUUGAGUCUUUUUGGCGGAUGUUCAGCGGUGAAAGAGCGGAAAAAUGCGUGCGCGAAGAGAGAUGAGCGCUGCGUGCAAGAACUUUUCGAAGACUCCUAUUUCUAUUUGGCUUUGGAGAACUCGGUUUGUAUGGAUUAUGUGACGGAGAAAUAUUGGAAUCGCACAACAUAUCAUUCGAUACCGAUUUUAUGGAGUAGAGAGGCGGCAAAGAAUCAUGGAAUUCCCGAGAAAUCGGUGAUUUACGUGGACGAUUUUGAAACGAUCGACACUCUUCUGGACCACUUGAAAUAUUUACGGGACAAUGCGAAAGCCUACGCCGAAUAUUUUCAGUGGAGG